AUGGCACGGAACCAUUUGUUUUUACGGAACAUGUUUCUGGUAGGACUCGUUUCCGUCGCGACUGUAAACUUGUCCGACUGAAAACAAUACAAAUGCACUCGCCAAAUUGAAGUUGGGAGACCAUUUUCAAGUUUGACUGUGUUUUACUUUCUGUUGUGUUUCAACACACCAAUGCUAGUUCAAAAACGUGUUUAAAAUGAACGUCAAAACGUUGUCCUGGCUGUCAGCUGUGUUUUUGCUCACAGUGGCAGAAGAUGACAUGCUGGAUAUACCAAGAGGAAAGAUGUUAAUGGGAACCUCUGCAGCCAAUGGGAGAGACGGAGAGUCACCCAGUAAAGAGGUUGAACUGGAACCUUUUAAACUAGACAAAUACCCUGUAACUAACGCAGAAUUCAGAGACUUUGUGAGAGCGCAGAAGUACAAAACUGAAGCUGAGUCUUUUGGCUGGAGCUUUGUGUUUCAAGACUUUGUGUCUGAGGAGAUGAAGAGCAAAGUCACACAGAGAAUUGAGUCUGCUCCUUGGUGGCUGCCUGUUGAACGGGUGUUUUGGAGACAGCCUGCAGGACCCGGGUCAGGCAUCCGCGAGCGUCUGGAUUACCCAGUUGUUCAGGUGAGCUGGAAUGAUGCUCAAGCCUUCUGCCAGUGGAAGGGCAAGAGGCUUCCCACAGAAGAGGAGUGGGAGUGGGCUGCACGUGGGGGACUGCAAGGUCGGAUUUAUCCUUGGGGAAAUAAAUUCCAGGCAAACAGAACUAACCUGUGGCAGGGUACAUUUCCAGACAAAGACACUGCUGAGGAUGGAUAUCAUGGAACAUCUCCUGUCACAGCCUUUCCUCCUCAGAACAGCUACGGACUGUAUGACAUGAUAGGAAACACAUGGGAAUGGACUACCACACCCUUUCCAGGAGCACGGCCGAUGUAUGUACUGCGUGGAGCCUCCUGGAUCGACACGAUGGAUGGAUCAGCUAAUCAUAAGGCCCAGAUCACAACCAGGAUGGGCAACACUCCAGACUCUGCCUCUGACAACCUGGGAUUCAGGUGUGCUGCCAACAAUGGACUGAAACAAGCAAAGAAAAAAAACAAAACAGAGCUAUAGCAACUAAGAGGAAGUCGAAAGUGUUAAAGCUGCAGUAUGCAACUACAGGUCAAGAUGUAGCAUGAGCUAAAAUAAUGUUACAUGUAGAAGGGAACAUCUUUGAAGAUGCCAGGGUGUCUGAUUAGUCUUGGACAGAACAUCACUACCAUAGUUGGAGAACUGAAAGCAUAUUCACAAACAUGCAUACUGUAGCUUUAAAUAAAGGAUAGUAAUGUUAAGUAACAUAAAUCAGGGGCGACUAAAGGUGCUACUAUUUGAUUAAAUGACAAACUGUGAGAGACAUGACAUUUCUCCUGUGGAGAACUUAGACCCUUUUUCAUUGAAUUUGCUAAAACCUAAACACAAGCAUAGUGAUACACAGUGAAACACAAGUCAUUCCGAAGUAUUUUCUUCUAAUUGUUUUUUUAUAACAUUAUAUUUUAUGCAGCUCACACUCAUAAAAACACCACAGAGCACCAUUAUGCUGCUGGUGCGGGUCUUUUGUUCAGUGUUUUAUGUGACUGGAGAGUAAAUCAUUCCCUUGGUAGCCUCUUCUAAUCCUGGCUUUGUCUUUCUGUUUACGUUCUCAUCACAAAUGUCUAACAGAGCAGGCGUUUCGGCAGAUCCUCAGCACCGCUCAUCAGCCUAUUCUAUUUUAGGAAAUUAAGCGUUUUUGACACUGAUCACUCAAACAGUUUUAGCGAUAAUGUGCUUUCUUGUGAUGAGAUUGGACCAAUAACAGCCCCCACAUUUAGCUUCUUAGCUUCAACUCGUUUUAGUGGUUUAUGUUUUAUUGGAUGAAGUCUCUCUAGAAAUGCUGUUCGUGGUCAAAGCAAACAAAAACAUUCCAACAGUAGCAGAGGAACACUAACAGCUAAGAAAACACAUGAAGGAAAUUCAAGACAUUGACACUGUUGACAAAUACGAAAUGGUUAUAAGUUAAACCAGUAAUUUCUGUCUACUUCUGUCUAAAGUUUACCUGAUACUGUAAAACAAACGUGAGGUUUAGUGACUUUCUCCUUUCCCACCUAUAAGAAUAUACUUGUUUGUCAUCUAAGCGUGACCUACUUCCUGCAGGAGGGAGUGUAACAGCACAGAACAUUUGGCACGUGGCUUUUAAAUGAAAAUCAAAAUGAAAUCACUUUACUUGUCACGAGACAUUCUAAUGAACCACUUCCUCUUGAAAAACGUGACAUCUUUUAACUGGAGAUGUAAAAAAGGUCACACUCUGAUUUGAUUUGACAAGAUAAUUAUUUGUUUAUUCGGCUGUUCUCUGUGUACCUAGAUCGUAACCAUAGUCCUUUUGUUCUGUCUCCAGCUAAAAGACGUCAUUAUUGUUCAUGUAUAAAUGUGCUCAUAUGUCUGACUCACCUGUGGGAGGUUUGUCACCAAAAAUUACCUUCUUAACUCGAGUGCAAGGAAUGACUGUAACUGGUGUUUUCCCCCAAGCAAAUCAUUUCCAAAAGUAAAUGAAUGACUAAG